GGCUCAGUCAUCAUUGCACAGACUGGCAUCACUGACAGAGACAUGGCACAACCUGAAGGCACCAAAGAAAACCCUAAAAAAUACUUAGAGCAGGACUAUGAGCAGCUGAAAGCGCAGUGCCUGGCGUCUAACACUCUUUUUGAGGAUGAGAAAUUCCCUGCAGGCCAAGCCUCACUUGGGUCUAACAAAAUGGGACCGGAAUCAAGUAAAGCAAAAGGAAUUGUCUGGAUGAGACCAUUGGAAAUCAACCCCAAUGCGGAAUUCAUUACUGAUGGAGCAACGCGUUUUGAUAUUUGUCAAAGUACAAUCGCGGACUGCGGGUUUCUGAGCACAAUCGGCUGUGCCACACUCUCUGAGGAAUAUCUCUCCUUGGUUUUACCUCAGGAUCAAAACUUUAAGACCAACUAUGCGGGGAUCUUCCACUUCAAGUUCUGGCAGAGGGGUGAAUGGCUGGAUGUGGUUGUAGACGACAAACUCCCUACUAGAGACAAGAAAUUGGUGUUUGUGAAAUCAGCUGAGGAGAAUGAGUUCUGGCCUGCACUGCUGGAGAAGGCUUUUGCCAAGCUGCGUGGAUCCUAUGAAGCCCUUGAAUAUCAGUACUCAACCGUAGCCCUGCAGCAUUUCACUGGCGGUGUUUGUUUAUGGUACUUUUUAAAAAAACAUCAAUUCCCAAAAAUCCAGAGGGCUGUAAAAUCAAAAUGCCUGCUCACCUCUUCAACUGGGGCAUUUACUCACGACAAAAACUUAGUUGCCGCCCAUUCAUAUUCCAUCACCGGAGCAGAGGAGGUUUCCUACAAAGGAGAGAAAGUCCAACUGGUCCGGCUGCGAAACCCCUGGGGUUACAAGGAAUGGACUGGGGCAUGGAGUGAUAAUGCCCCUGAAUGGAAUGAUGUUGCCCAGGAAGUGAAAGAUGCUCUUCUCACUCAGAAGGACGAUGGAGAGUUUUGGAUCCCAUUUCUAGACAUGGUAAAAGAUUAUGAAAGUUUGGACAUCUGCCAUAUUGCUCCAAGCAAAGAGGUUAACGUGGAGGAGCCGCACUGGAGCCUGAUGCAGACAGAGGGGAGCUGGAAGAAGGGGGAUUCUGCAGAGAGGUUUUUGGCCGACCCACAGUUCCGCAUUAAGCUGGAGGUGCCCGAUGAUGAUGAUGACCAGGAUGCUGCGGAAGAUAAGGCUCUCUGUACCGUUAUUGUCGCUCUGAUGUCAAAGGAGAUUCUUGAGAAAGUCCCCGAUUUUCUCUUGUACCAGCUCCCCAAGGAGGUUCCCACCAACCUCCUAGUGAAGGAUCUGAAAGCCAUGGCGAGGGAACGCGUGAAUAAUAGGAACAAAGAGUAUGUCGGCUGCUUCCAGGUGCAGAAGGGAGAGUACGCGGUCAUCCCCAACCCUUCUGAUCCCAACCAGGAUUUUGAUUUUUAUAUCCGAGUCUAUUACAGGAAGAAGGGCGGAUCACUUGAAAAGGAUGGCGAAGUCACAAAUACAUCUGAGUAAUAUGCUUGUGUGCCUAAACAUGUCGGGGUGGUAUAAACCAAGCAACGCUGCCAAACCAACACAUUAUUUAUACUUUUGUGUGCUUUGGGGUGUACCUGGGGCUUACGCCUCAGUUACUCUGCCCCCCUCGUUGUAGCUGUAGCUCAGGGUUUGUGGGCUGAUUCGGAGCGAGUCUGUGUGUAGCAAAGUAAGCCAUUCCUUGUAGAUUGUAAGCUCUUUUGGGCAGGGCUCUCUUCACCUCUUGUAUCGGUUACUGAUUGCUUUAUAUGUUACUCUGUAUGUCCAGUGUAUGAAACCCACUUAUUGUACAGCGCUGCGGGAUAUGUUGGCGCUUUAUAAAUAAAUGUUAAUAAUAAUAAUAAUUCCCUCUAUAUAACAUGAUAGCAGAUAUAGGAUUAUAGAAUGUAUUCUACACCUUGCAUAUUCACAUGCUUGCAUUUAAUAAAAGGUAAUGUAAUAAAAUGUUCAGGGCUAAUGACCUACAUCAA